GCAAAAGCUAACUUCCUUUUUCUCCGAGUCAAAACACCGAAAUGGUGAAUGUUCCCAAGUCAAGAAGAACCUUCUGUAAAGGGAAGAAAUGCAAGAGGCACACUUUACACAAAGUGACACAGUACAAGGCUGGUAAAGCCUCAUUGUAUGCCCAAGGUAAAAGGAGAUACGACAGAAAACAAGCUGGUUAUGGAGGUCAGACAAAACCUAUAUUUCACAAGAAGGCAAAGACCACAAAAAAGAUAGUUCUGCGUAUGGAAUGUACAGACUGCAAAUACAGAAAACAGCUGUCCAUUAAACGAUGCAAGCAUUUUGAAUUAGGCGGUGACAAGAAACGAAAGGGCCAGAUGAUCAUGUUCUAGUUGUGUGGGUGGAAAUAAAAAAAAAUGGACAAAA